GCCGUGUCCUCUCUCCUGUGCCGGAGCAAACAAAGAAAAGAGAGGUAGAGGAAAAAAGACUGAGCCUUGCAACCAACCAUCACCCUGACGAUGUGUCAGUCAAACACCCUGCAGGGACCAGAUCUGCACACAGGGAAAUGGCUGCGUUCAGGGAACGGCGGCAGCAGCAGCUGUGCCGGGGACCAGCACCCACAACUGGAGAGUCCAGGCCCGGCUGGCUCUGCCGGUGGUACACCAAAUAGGAGAACUCGCUUCAGGUUGCAAUUUCCCCAGCUGGCCCUGAGGCGAAGGUUGGGCCAGCUGAGCUGUAUGUCUAGGCCUGCUCUGAAACUCCGUUCUUGGCCUCUGACUAUUCUCUAUUAUCUUCUGCCUUUCGGUGCUCUUAAACCCUUGACCAGAGUGGGAUGGAGGCCUAUGAGCAGGGUUGCUCUGUACAAAUCGGUACCGACUCGCCUGCUCUCGCGAGCCUGGGGUCGCCUGAACCAGGUGGAGCUGCCCACGUGGCUGCGGAAGCCCGUUUACAGCCUGUACAUCUGGACGUUCGGCGUGAACAUGAAGGAGGCGGCUGUUGAAGAUCUGCACCACUACAGGAACCUCAGCGAGUUCUUCCGCAGGAAGCUGAAACCGCAAGCGCGGCCGGUCUGCUGCGUGCACAGUGUGAUUAGUCCUUCUGAUGGAAAGAUCCUUAAUUUUGGACAGGUGAAAAACUGUGAAGUAGAGCAAGUAAAAGGGGUCACGUAUUCUCUGGAAUCUUUCUUGGGACCGCGAAUCAGCAGAGAGGAGCUGCGCUUUAGCCAGGCCCCACCUCGUAACUCUUUUCAGCAACAACUAGUGACCAAGGAGGGGAAUGAGCUCUAUCACUGUGUGAUCUACCUUGCACCAGGGGAUUAUCACUGCUUCCACUCCCCCACCGACUGGAGGGUGUCACACCGCCGCCACUUCCCAGGCUCUCUGAUGUCUGUGAAUCCCGGAGUUGCUCGUUGGAUCAAGGAACUGUUCUGCCACAAUGAACGGGUUGUCCUUACAGGGGACUGGAAACACGGGUUUUUCUCUUUAACAGCUGUUGGAGCAACAAAUGUGGGCUCUAUCCGCAUCUACUUUGACCAGGACUUGCACACCAACAGUCCAUGUUACUCUAAAGGUUCCUACAAUGACUUCAGCUUCAUAUCUAACAACAACAAGGAGGGGAUCCCCAUGAGGAAAGGAGAGCAUUUAGGGGAAUUCAACUUGGGCUCUACAAUCGUACUAAUCUUUGAGGCACCCAAGGACUUCAAAUUCCAACUCAAAGCUGGACAGAAAAUCCGCUUUGGAGAAGCACUGGGCUCUCUAUAGAAACUCUCUCAGCAAGAAGGUUUUCUACACAAAGGGACUCUGGUCACACCACCGAGUGGAUCACUUAACAAGUGUGUAUCACUCAGCAGGACCUGGGUGAGGAAAGCAGAAGAUGUCAUUGCUGUGUUCAACUUGAGAAUAUUUGGCCUACAUUUACACGCUGCUGAAUGCUGAAAGGGAAUUGAAUGACCAUAUAGAUACAUAUAUAUGUAUCAGGGUACAGCUGCCUUUGAAGAUGUUGACCAUGGAGGUUUCUGUCCCACCCUGUGCCUGUAAGUCUUUCAUGUUCUCCCCUCCAUGUGCCACAGGACAAUUAUGUUCUUAGAGCCUGUAAGUCCCUUUUAAGCUUUCCUGGGCUGUGGGGGUGCGGUGGGGAAGGUGGAGGGAGAGAUUUGCUGUGUUGAAAGGGACACUGACAGGCCGAGUCAGACCUUGAGUAAAGAAUGUGUUCUCAUAUUUAUUUUAUUCUAAGACACUCUGCUGAAGUUCUUGUAUAAAGGCAACCUGUGAAUGCAUAGAGCACCAGUUAAAUUGGCUAGUAUGGCUUCACAGGCCAAACUAAGCAAAAUGUACAACAGAUUGAAUCAGUGCAAUAAAUUAAUCUUCCAGGUUUUAUACUGUUAGACAAUUCUAAUUCUUUCACCUGACAUUGUCCCUUUAAAAAUGGAGUUUGCACUGUAUUUUAAAGCUGAAAACUGUGUCUACAUUCCAUACCAUGAAACUGAUCAUCUUGGGAUUUCCUUUAAAAAAAAAAAUACAAAGUUUUGUCCUAUUCCCAAUCCAUAGUUUUAUUUUGUUAUUCCAGGCCUUAAAGACUUUGUUUGUAUGAGAGGCAGUUACUUCACUUCUCAGAUUAAGGGUUGGAAGACACAGAGGAUGUUUUUACUUUCUAUCUAUUUUCGUUGUUGCUUUGUCACUAAAUUCUUGAAGAAUGAAUUCCUCUAUUUACAGAAGGGUUUCAGAUACUUCAGGACCAAUUUUUAUUGCAUGGAGUGAAAUGCUCUAACACACUGAAUAUAAAAAUAUUAGAGAUCUUUGAAGCAAUCCCAAGUUGCCUCUCAGGUGCCAAGUUGUAGUGGACUGGCAACAAUUUCAUCUUAUCCAAAAUAUAAAAAACCCGCACACCUGCUCCAACUUCUGCCCUCAUACUCAAUGCUAGGAAUGUGCUGAGGGCUGAAAGCUCGAUGCUGAAGCUUCAUCCUACAGCAAAACUUCAAGAAAAGUUAAAAAUCUAACACCUUGAAUGUGGCACUGUAUGGCACUGACAGAAACCGCUGCCAAAGUGAAGAGGACGAAUUGAGGUUUAAAGCAAUGUAUGGGUUGAUUUUAGAGCAUGAACUGUUUCAAGUCCAGGAACUCCAACAUUUAGAACUGACUUUGCUGCCCAGAGCUUGUUGGGGUGGACAUGCUUGUGAACCCUGCCUUUCUGCUCUCUGAAAGAUUUCUCAUUACUUCCUUGCUUGAGCCUUGGGUGUUUUUUCUGCUGCUUCAAGGAGAUGAUAUGCUUCGACCAGCUCUGAUUUCCUAAAGAAAAACUUACUUUCUUUGUAUGCACUGCAGAAAAUAGAAUAUAAUUUUGUUGUACAAAUGUCCAGUUUGCCAAGUCCUGUAUGCUUAGCUUGUCAUCAGGAAGGACGGGAUGAUAAACUGCCUGUAAGCCAUGGAGCUCAGCCAUGACUCAGGUGAUAGUGGCUGUUCAGGUGACAAGCAGGAGAAAAUUCAUUUGGCUCUGAGAGUCAAUAUUUCCUCACUUUACACAGUUUAAAAGCUUGAAGUGGCUCUCAGCCACCUGUCUUGUUAAGCUUCUUGGCAUUAGCAAGUUUAGUCCUGCAGCAGUACAUUGCCACACACAGGUUAGAGAAGUGUGCACUUUUUUAAACCAUUGGGAAAAACAGCAAAGGCAAACAUCAACCCCAAGAGGAUGAAGCUAUGACUGGCCUUUUGGUUAAACUUCAACAUCAUGUUAACAGUAGAAAGCAAAAUUGUUCCAGUGGAUGAAAGACAACUGAAUCUUUUCCCGCUUUUCCACUGGGGCCUAUGGCAUCCAGACAUGGCCAAAGCAACUUGAAGCUUUAAUUUCCUCCUCCUCACGGUAUCUGAAGGUUACUGUUGGCCUAGUGAAGGAGGAUGGGUUACCUGAUGUUGGCUUUAUCAGAAAUCUUAAGGAGGACAAGAGGAUUCAGCAUGUGAGUGGCUGGUUUUGUGUUGGUCUCAAUACUGUGCAGAGCUCGCUGAUUAACCAACGUGACUUGUUAUGCAGUGGUCAGCAACACACCCUGGAAGUGAGAGCAAAGUUCCUAGAGGGUACUGAUAAUGCUGUGAAUUUCUCCUGCAUGGAGAAUCCAUUUAAUUCUUCAACUGUAUCAGUAGCAUGGUAUUUUUGUAUGUCAAAGUGUAUGACUUACUGACAUUAACUCAUUUAACGGCAAACAUUUUGAAAUAAAGAGUCUUGUCAGUGUUGCUUAUCUUUCUGAAAUGUCAGGGUAACCUAAAGUAGGUAUUGCAAAUGCAGCAUGAGGUUAUGUUUAGCUCCUGUUUGGUUUUUAAUCAGCUGUAUUAACAAAAUAAAACAAGCAAAAUCUGUAAUUUAUAAAAUAAAAAUGCCAUACAUAGACUAAGAGAA